AUGGGGGCCUAUCGUUACAUGGAGGAACUCUACAGGAAGAAGCAGAGCGAUGUGAUGCGAUACUUGCAGCGUAUUCGCGUUUGGCAAUACCGUCAACUAGCCAAGCUGCAUCGCUCACCCAGACCAACUCGUCCGGAUAAGGCCAGGCGUCUGGGAUACCGUGCCAAGCCAGGGUUCGUGAUCUACAGAAUCCGUGUUCGCCGUGGUGGUCGCAAGCGUCCAGUGCCAAAAGGAUGCACUUAUGGAAAACCGAAGAGUCAUGGAGUGAAUCAACUGAAGUCGUAUCGUGGCUUGCAGUCUAUUGCUGAGGAACGUGUUGGUCGUAGGCUGGGUGGCCUCAGAGUUCUGAACUCCUAUUGGAUUGCUCAAGAUGCUGCUUACAAGUUUUAUGAGGUAAUCUUGAUUGACGCUCAUCACCGUGCCAUUCGCCGUGAUCCGAAAAUCAACUGGAUUCACAAGCAUCGCGAAUUGCGUGGUCUUACUUCAACUGGAAAAAGUAGCCGUGGCAUUGGCAAGGGAUACAGAUAUUCUAAGACUUUGGGUGGAUCUAGGCGUGCUGCCUGGAAGCGCAAGAACCGUGAGCAAGUGCCCAGAAAACGAUAAUUUGGAAAGCCUACUAUCUACUAACGGUUGAAUAAAGCAUUUCAAGCCUUAUAAUUCUUCAAUUAAACUCAAAUAUCUAAAGUCCUUUCAAGUUCUGGUAGUUAUAGAGCUAAAGAAUCC